AUGGACGCGAGUCCAAAGGAGUCUCAGAUUCGUUCCCCAAAAGCUGACCGUAUAGUUCUUUUUAAUAGUAAAACAGAUUCUAAUGACAAUCAGAAUAGUGCUGAACCGGACAGAAAUACUGAAUUUGCUGUAGUUCAUUAUUCACGCGAACCAGAUUAUUGCCGAGACCUAAUCAGAGGAUCUAUGCGCCCUCAAAGGCGUAAAACAGUAACUUAUAAACUCUUUCAAGGAACUGCACACUCCCCUCUUUUUUUGGAGAUAAUGGGCGACUACGCGUUCUUGUUUGGUGAUCUUGUCUAUGAUAUCUCCCAAUAUUUGAAAGAAUAUUUCAGGAAACCGGGUACUGAUAAUUCGGAAUUUUUGGCGUUUGAGAAAACGAUAGAACAGAAAGAGAUAGAGGAAAACAAAGACGAGUCUGAAAUAAGACUUAGACAAAUCGAAGAAGCCUGGGAGAGCAUUCUCUAUGAAGAUUUGAGGGAUUGGAGAAAAGAAGUCCAUAUUUACUGCACCUAUCAGGGCGUUCCAGUAUCUCACACCGCGUUGCCAACAAACUGGUUCUGGGAGGGUAUUCAGAUAAGGAUCUUAUUCCCUUUUGUUCUGAAACCGUGGCACAAUAAGUUUUAUGGAAACAAAAACAUUACUGAUGUAGCCAAGUUAAAGUUAGAAAAGAAAGAAUACGGGAAGCAAGCAGAUCUCAAAUCAUAUCUCUCAAACUAUUAUAGGGACACUCGGUAUAGUAUAACUAGAUACAGGAAGGAUCUAAAUGGCGAACAAAAUUUCUUACUAGAUAAAUAUUUUGGUUUUUAUUUGCACUCUACAAGAAAAGACCUCAUGAUAGUAAAUAUGGGGCCUCAACACCCAUCGAUGCAUGGUGUUCUUCGACUUAUUGUUACUCUGGAUGGUGAAGAUGUUAUUGAUUGUGAACCAAUAUUGGGUUAUUUACACAGAGCGACUAUGUUCACAGAAGCAAUAACUGUAAACGGGCCGGAACAAUUGGGAAAUAUUCAAGUACCUAAAAGAGCCAGCUAUAUACGAGUAAUUAUGUUGGAGUUAAGUCGUAUAGCUUCUCAUCUACUAUGGUUGGGACCUUUUAUGGCAGAUAUUGGUGCACAAACCCCUUUUUUCUAUAUUUUUAGAGAAAGAGAAUUAAUAUAUGAUCUAUUCGAAGCUGCGACAGAACGGGUUGAAGGAGUAGGUUUUGUUGGUAGAGAGGAAGUUAUAAAUUGGGGGUUAUCAGGACCGAUGCUUCGGGCUUCCGGAAUACAAUGGGAUCUACGUGAAGUUGAUAAUUAUGAGUGUUACGAGGAAUUGGAUUGGGAAGUUCAAUGGCAAAAAGAAGGAGAUUCAUUAG